UUUGGGUUGAAGUUGAGGCCGGAGGAGACGCGGCGGGUGGAGGCCGCGCGGCCCCGGGACCCCCCCCCCCCGCCCCUCCCCAUCCUCCACGGCCCCGCCAUGCGCAGGGAGAUGAACGGGGUCACUAAGAGCCGCUUUGAGAUGUUCUCAAACAACGAUGAAGCUGUGAUCAACAAAAAACUUCCCAAAGAGCUGCUGCUCCGAAUUUUCUCAUUCCUGGAUGUGGUUACUCUGUGUCGUUGUGCUCAAGUUUCCAGGCAUGAACCACAUGAGAUUUUUGUUGUUUCAAAAGCCCCAAACCGACCCCUGGAGGCAGAGGCAGUGGGCCCUGCCACUCUGGCCAUGGUGCUCAGCUGGACCCUUUAUCUGGGCAGCUUCCAAAGGACACAGCACCCCAUGCACCCAGCUGAGGAACUGCUUUGGCUCCUUCUUGCUGGUGCAGGCACAGAGGGGGUGUGCAGGAUGGCAGCCUCUGCUCUGGGAUCUGACCACAGCCGGGAUCCUCUGGCCCACCACCGGGGAGUCCUCUGCACCCUCAGACCAGUGUCACCAGUACAGAUGCCUGGUGCAGGGUCUCCUCUGGGACUCACCCGUGUCCUGGCGUCCUUCACCUUGACGUUGGCCCUGCUGGCAUCCUCUGGAGAUGCUGGUUUAGCCACAGAGGGGCUUAGAUCCCAGCCAGGACUGAAGAUGCUCCAGCGCCGUCCCACGCUCCAGCUCCGCUCCCGGACCCGGCGCCUGCAGCUCCGGUGGGCACAGAAGUGGGGCCACCACAGCCCUGCCCCUCAGGGGACGUGGAAGAGCCUGCUGGGCAAGGGGCCACCCCAGCAAGCGACUCUGGCUUGGAAUGUUCUGGCCCUGGAUGGCAGUAACUGGCAGCGAAUUGACCUGUUUGAUUUCCAGAGGGAUAUUGAGGGCCGAGUAGUCGAGAAUAUUUCCAAGAGAUGUGGGGGUUUCUUGCGGAAGUUAAGCCUGCGUGGCUGCCUGGGAGUGGGAGACAAUGCAUUAAGGACAUUUGCACAGAACUGCAGAAACAUCGAAGUGUUGAACCUAAAUGGCUGCACCAAGAUCACAGAUACCACAUGUACCAGCCUCAGCAAGUUCUGCUCUAAACUCAGGCACCUUGAUUUGGCCUCCUGCACUUCCAUAACCAACCUGUCCCUGAAAGCACUCAGUGAGGGAUGCCCACUGCUGGAACAGCUGAACAUCUCCUGGUGUGACCAAGUGACCAAGGAUGGCAUCCAGGCCCUGGUGCGAGGCUGUGGGGGACUCAAGGCCCUGUUCCUGAAGGGCUGCACACAGCUUGAAGACGAAGCUCUGAAAUACAUUGGUGCACAUUGUCCUGAACUGGUGACUUUAAACCUUCAAACAUGCUUACAAAUAACAGAUGAUGGUCUCAUUACAAUAUGCAGAGGAUGCCACAAGUUACAAUCCUUGUGUGCUUCAGGCUGCUCUAACAUUACAGAUGCCAUCCUGAAUGCCCUGGGACAGAACUGCCCCAGGCUCAGAAUAUUAGAAGUUGCAAGGUGUUCUCAACUAACAGACGUGGGCUUCACCACUCUAGCUAGGAACUGCCAUGAGCUUGAAAAAAUGGACCUGGAAGAGUGUGUCCAGAUAACAGACAGUACACUCAUCCAGCUUUCCAUCCACUGUCCACGGCUCCAGGUUCUGAGCUUGUCCCACUGCGAGCUGAUCACGGAUGACGGGAUCCGCCACCUGGGGAACGGCGCCUGCGCCCACGACCGCCUGGAGGUGAUUGAGCUGGACAACUGCCCCCUGAUCACUGAUGCCUCCCUGGAGCACCUGAAGAGCUGCCACAGCCUGGAGAGGAUAGAACUGUACGACUGUCAGCAGAUCACACGGGCAGGGAUCAAGAGACUCAGGACCCACCUACCCAACAUUAAAGUCCACGCCUACUUCGCGCCGGUGACUCCUCCGCCCUCGGUGGGGGGCAGCAGGCAACGCUUCUGCAGAUGCUGCAUCAUCCUAUGACCCUGGACGUGGCCACCCCUGCAGACUGAGUAUUUAAUGAUCACUUGUAGAGUCACGGGGGACACCAGGAUCUUGGAGGAGAGCGACACCCGUGUGGUCGGUGAGGGCCAGUGAGCAGGGCUGUGGUGCCAGGCCCCUGUAGCCACUCAUACACCUCCAUACACGCCCCACCUGUCCCAGCAAACUGGUGAACUCGGCAGAGCUGGAGCUGGAGCUGGGCUGGCUUUUCCUCUAGGUGGAUUGGUGUAACUGGACCAUUCCUGCUGGGCACGCUCAGAUAAAACCGUUGCCGAAAGGAGGGGAGGUUCCUGUGAACCCAGGAUCACCAUUCCUGCUGUUGAGGUUGGAAUAGUAUCAGAAAUCCUUUGAGAGGGGGAGAGGAAAGGAACAAGCUUUAACCCUGCAUCUGCUGCCCAGAAGACAAAAAAAAAAAAAGAAAAAAAAAAAAGAAAAAGGCAGAAAAAAAAAACCCUGAACCUGAUAAUCCCACCAAGUUUUGUGUCCGUUUCUCAGUGGGGGAAUGAAACAGCAGCUGUUGUGGGACAUGAUGGACUCGUGCUUCUCUGCUUCCCUGCUGACCACCCUGAGCAUGCUCACCUCAAAGGUUCAUCUGUUUCUUCUGUGUCCUGUAGCACCCAGCUCAGAGGGCUCUGAUAGUUGUGACACAGCCUGAAACCUGCAGCCUCAGGCUCAGGUUUUACCCUCCCUUCAUUCUGCUGUUUUGUUUGGUUUUUUUUUACAGAUUUCUAAUUCAGUAAUUUUUUUUUUUUUUGAGAUGUACCAAACAAAAAAGAUAUCAAUUGAUUCAUUUAAAUUUAAAAGAAGUACUUUUUACCAUUAGAAGCCUGAGCCUGUGAUGGCCUGUUGGGAAGAUGUUUACAUGGGAAAUGAGCUGCACUCUGGGCCGGGCUCCUCUGGGAUUCCUGGCCUGGUUUUAUCCACAAUAAGGUGUUGGAAUUUGUCUGGCACUGCAGGUUCAUCCCAGUGACAAGAAUAUAACUUCUGAGAUAGGGAAAAAAUUAUAGUCUGUUCCAGUGACUAAGUUCCCCCUUCCCCUCUGCCCCAUCCUGCCCCCCAGGUAAAGCAGAUUAGAGUAGUUUUUGCUUGUUGCCCCGAUUGAGAAAUAACGACUCGCUAAAGGCAGCAGGAGAACCUGCCCUUUGUGUGCUGGGCACUUUCUGACCUUUGCAUCUUCCACAGGUAAGUGUCUGAGAAGCCAUCCUGGGGCUCUGCUCUCCCCUGGAGUCAGGGCUGUGUUUGAGCAGCUGGUUUGGGGGCAUUUCAGGCAGGAUUAGUGCAGGUGCUUCAGAGGAGCAGAGACACCCACGCAGCUCUGGCAGCUGCGGUUCCUCGAUGCUGGCAGGUCCAGAUGCCUGCUAUGAAACAUGGGAACAGAUGGGCAGGUGCCAAGGGUGUAAUGGGGCAGAACUUGGUCAAACUCUGUCAGGUUUGUGGAAGAGGAGCUGGGGUGUAAGUGGUUGUGAUCCUGCUGCUGCACCCCGGGCUGGGCGGCAGCACGUGGCCACCAAUGGUUCCCAGUGACUGAGCCAGAGCAGCGUUGGUUCAGCCCUCCUCACUGCCAGCAGCCAGGAGGUGACACUUCCCCUUUCUGCUCAAGAAUCAUAGGAUGGGGGAAGAGCAGAGUGCAGCACGAGGAAUGGCUGGUUUAGGGUCCCAGGAGCAUUUUUUCCCCACUGUGGGUUUGCUUUGAGGACCGUGUGUUGCUUCCCAACCCACCCCCCGCUGGCUGGGCUGUCCCGGCAGCCCGAAGGGUCUCUUGGUACCACCAAAGCUGGGUCCCCUUCAUCUACAACUUAAAUUCCCCCCACCCAUCUGUAUAUGCUCCACGAAGUCUUGCAGAUGCACAGUCUGCUGGGAGGAAAUCUAGUGUGCUGUGUUUAAAAGGAUACUGUCAAUUCCUUUCCUCUAGAUCGCUUUUAAUCCGUUAUAUUUAUUCAGAUCCUCUUUAGCUGCGGAUUCUCUCUCUCCUCAACGAGCAUGUUCCCAGACUUCAUCUGCAGGGCUCCUUCCUCCCGUUUUCAGGGUGGCAGAGGAUAAUUACUGGCUCUUCCCAACGUGACAGACUGAUGGAAGGGGCGGGUGUGCCUGGGGCAGCACCCAGAGCUCACAGCUCUGGGAAGAGCACUUGGGUUAGUGGAUCCUGUGGCAGGGGAGAGCUAUUAAAAUAAUGGCUUUGCAAGCCAGGGUGUAGUUGGCUGAUUUCCUUGUAACAGAGCAGAGUUUUCAAGGGAAAACUCAAGAAUACAGAACCCAAAGCGUUUUAUUUUUUCCAAACAGGGUGACAGCAUUAAGGUAGCUCAAACUACUUGACAGUGUCCUUUUAAGUCAAUUAUCCGUCUUCAAAUGGACUCUUCCUUAUGUUUGUAUUUAUAAAUACCAAUAAACACCAUUUUCCAA